CAGUCAUGUAUUUUCAACAAGACCGUACACUUUCGCUCUCUAAAAAUAUCUCUCUGCAACUCUUUAGUAAGCGUCUGACUCUGUGAGCACGGACAAAAUAUUUGGUCCGGUUCGUCCUGUCCCUCCCUCCGGUUUGUAGCAGUACAUGUAUUUGUAACCAACAAUUAAAGAUGCAUUGUAUAUGUAUUUGACCUAUAAAGAAGCCUUUUCUGUGCCAAGUUUGUUCAAUCCAAGGAAGUUACUGCUUCAGGAUUGGAAGUUAUUGUUGAAUAUUAACUAUGCCUACAUGGUGGGGGAAAUCUUCCAAAGACGUGAAGAAGAAAUCAAAUGUAGAAAGUUUCAUUGAUUCAUUGAGCAGGAAAUGCAUUAGAUCUGGGGGUCCUCGUAGACAAAGCAGUAAUACUACCUCACAGAAGGUAUUGGGAGCAGAUUCACAGUCUCCAUCCCCGUCGCAACAAGUAUCACGUUGUCAGAGCUUUGGUGAAAGGCCCCAGGCGCAACCACUUCCCCUUCCGGGGAGCCAUUUCACUAACAUCUAUCGUACUGAUUCUGGGGACAGGGCAUUAAAUGGACCAUCAGCUGAUAGAGUUUCCAAAUCCACAGUCUUACAUCCCCUUCCCAAACCUGGGCAUGGAAAAAUUGGAAAACGUGCUGAAGUUGGCGAAAAGGACCUGGCAACUGCUUCUAGUUGUAGUGACAGUUCCAGUGAUACUGAUGAUCCAUCUGAGUCACGCCUCCUAAGCCCUGAAGCUUCAGAUUAUGAGAGUGUGAUUAAAUCUGAUGCAGCUAGUCCUUCUGGAUUGAAGCAAAAGGAUCAAUUCCCCUUUGCCAAAAAAAAGAGUUCAAAAGAGAUGUCGCCACCAGCUGAUAAUUUGCUGCAUUGUCAAACUAGCCCUGCAUCACCUAAGAAGAGGCAUGUAGAUGCUAAAGUUGCCCGUUUACAAGUUCCUAAUCUAAGUGUACCAAACAGCUCAAUGUCGAGUCCUUCUAGAAGUCCAAUUAGGGGAUUUUGUCACGAGCCUCUCAUGAAUGGUGGUGUCUGGCUAGGAAAGCCAUAUGCAGAUUUGUCUUUGCUAGGAUCUGGGCAUGGCUCAAGUCCGAGUUCUGUUCACAAUUCAGGGCACAGCUCUUUUGUAGGAGAUGGAACAUGCCAGCUCUUUUGGCCAAACAGCAGGUGCAGCCCUGAAUGUUCACCAUUACCUAGCCCAAGAAUGACGAGCCCUGGUCCCAGCUCAAGAAUACACAGUGGUCCAGUGACGCCUCUGCAUCCUUGUGCUGGGGGGGCAUCAGCUGAGUCACCUACAGCAUGGCUUGAAGAUGGAAGGCAGCAGAGCCAUCGGCUUCCUCUUCCUCCAAUAACAAGUUCUAAUGCUUCCUCAGUCACUCCAUCGUAUUCAGCAGGAACUUCUCCAAGGAUUAUGCGCAGUCCUUGUAGGACUGAAAAUCCUCCAAGCCCAGGUUCACGAUGGAAGAAAGGACGGCUACUUGGUAGAGGAACGUUUGGACAUGUUUAUCUGGGUUUUAAUAGUGAAAGUGGUGAGAUGUGUGCAAUGAAGGAGGUCACGUUGUUCUCUGAUGAUGCUAAGUCAAGGGAAUCUGCUCAGCAACUUGGACAGGAAAUUGCACUCUUAAGUCGCCUCCACCAUCCAAACAUUGUGCAAUAUUAUGGAUCUGAGACAGUAGAUGACAAACUCUAUAUAUACCUUGAGUUUGUGUCCGGUGGUUCUAUCUACAAAAUUCUCCAAGAGUAUGGGCAGUUGGGUGAAGCAGCAAUCAGAAGUUAUACCCAACAGAUAUUAUCGGGGCUGGCUUAUUUGCAUGGCAAAAACACAAUUCAUAGGGACAUAAAAGGAGCAAAUAUUCUUGUCGACCCUAAUGGGCGGGUAAAAUUGGCAGAUUUUGGGAUGGCGAAACAUAUAACUGGGCAAUCCUGUCCAUUGUCGUUUAAGGGAAGCCCAUACUGGAUGGCACCUGAGGUCAUAAAGAAUACUAGUGGUUCUAACCUAGCGGUGGAUAUAUGGAGCCUUGGAUGCACAGUUCUGGAAAUGGCUACAACAAAACCACCUUGGAGUCAUUACGAAGGGGUUGCAGCUAUGUUUAAGAUUGGAAAUAGCAAGGAACUUCCAGAAAUCCCCAAUCACCUCUCAGAAGAUGGGAGGAGUUUUGUGAAACAGUGUUUGCAGCGUAAUCCAUCUCAUCGUCCUACAGCAGCUCAACUCCUGGAGCAUCCUUUUGUUAAAAAUUCUGUUUCUCUGGAGAGACCUGUUCUGACUGCUGAUCCUAUGGAGUCAAUACCUGCACUCACACAUGAAGUCAGAGCACUGGGCUUUGGACAUUCCAGAACACCACCUUGUUUGGACUCCUCGGGAGCUGCUGGUCAUUCUAAAACCCGAAAAAGUGUUCCUGGAUUUAGCAGAGAUGCGUAUAUGGCUAGAAACAACCCAUGUGCUGUACCUCCAGUUGCAAGUCCUCGUUCGUGUUCACGAUCUCCACAGCACAUUAAUGGAAGAUUAUCACCAUCUCCAAUAUCAAGCCCUCGUGCUGCAUCUGGUGCUUCGACUCCUCCAGGUGGAGGCAACCUCGGUGCAAUUCAACAAUUCCAUUUGAACAAUUUGCAUGAAGGCGGUGGUAUGUUAGCAAUGCCCCUGAAUGCCUUUCCUGCACGUGGAAAUGGCUCUCAGGAGCAUAAACCUGAUAUAUUUCGAGGACUUAUUCAAGCUCAUUUGUCCCUGGAAUCCGUUCCACGGGAUAAUGGCAACCGUAGAAACAAGGUUGAACGCCCUGUUUUGCAUGGUUCAAAAGAAGAAUUAUAUGACUCACAUCUAGUUUUAGCUGAUCGGGUGUCACAGAAGCUAUUGAGGAAUCCAGUGAGAUUAAAUCAAGGUUCGGAACCAAAGCCGAGUUCUUGUCUUCCUAGUCACAAAGUUAGAGGUUAAUGAGGCCAAGAGUGCUGCUAACCAAACAAUGUUGUUAGUAUAUAUUUUCUCUUUCUUAAAAAGGAGGGAAAGCCCAGCAAAGUUUCUGAAGAUGUAAGAAGCCACAGAAGCUGGAAGCUGGCUGGUGUAGAGAACUGUAUAUUUAGUAGAUGUGGUAGAGAGAAAUAUGGAAUUAUUUUAGAUUUGGCAUUUUGAAUAUUAUCCCUACCCUCUGCUACUACAGUAAGUGUUUUGUCAGUCUCUACAAUUUUGUACAAAAUUUUGAUGAGGGAUGCAUGUUAGGAAAUUAACAGGCUAUGUUAAAUACUCCAGUUUAGAAUUCAAAUCCAAUAUUCUUGCUUCA